AUGAGCAUCAGCGUGCUGACAUCUGGCGCAACGAAGUCCGCCUCCGCCCUCAGCGAUAUAGCUGUGCAGUGCGCAGACCCCACGAACGGUGACAUUCCCUACUCCAAGGAGAUCGAUCCCGAUCGGGCACCACAAGUCCUUGCAGCUUGCCUGAACAACAUCGGGCAGGCCAUUGACUACAUCGUCAAGACUGCCUACGAGCUCAAUGCUCUCGCAACAGAGCCAGGCCAUUGCCCAAAGUUUCCGACAACCUACGAGCGCUAUAUUUGCACGGAGCACAUUGGUUCGUUGCUCGCUGAUCUGGGGCAGGUGGCAACAUAUUUGUCUGCUGCUGCCAGUGGCUGUGGGAAAACCACUUUGGUUCCUAUGGCAUGUUCAUCCCGCAUUGCCGCGACGGUCACGGGACUUUUUGACAUGGUCCAGGGAAUUGGUGGAUCACUGGCUUGGUGCAACUACCCAGGAUAUGUCAAGCAACACGCGCAAGCAGUUCGUCUCAGGUACAAGUCAACUUUGGUAGACAUGGGAGACUGCUGCGAGAUCCACCAUGAGGAGCCCAAGCAAAGGGCGCCAAAGCCUAAAGAGGAAACACCGAAGCCCAAGGAGGUGAAGAAGGAGAAGACAGACCAAAGUCGAAUCACCGCCCUUACCAUGCUUGAGUCCGUGGGUGCAGGUGACUGGACCAAGGCACCUGAAGUGACCCUCAUGUUGGAGCAACGCUCAGGGGAUCGCGAGGUCUGCCGCUCAGCAGCUAAGGCCGCCGAGCGCAUCGCCUGCCAAGAAAAAGGCUUGGAUGUUCUCACAGAGCAGGGCGCCAUACAACAGCUCCUGCAGGUGUGGUGCGCGCAUCGCAAUGACACGUCCUUGGCGGUGCAUGUUCACAACAUUGUGGCCCGCUUCUGGGAGCGUGCUAGUUGCGACAGUCAGUGGAUUUGCCUUCCUGCGCAGCAGGCAGCAGGUAAGGCCCUACUCACGUCGGGGCAGAACGAAUGGCUGGCAGAAGCGCACAAGGCGGCAGUCAAGCUGCACGAGAAGGGCUUCACCACUGCCGCCAUGGAGAUGUACCGCCAGUGUAUCGAGCAAUUCAAUAAAGACGUGGGCGAGGACCACCAGUGCACGCUGCAGGCAAAGAACAACUUCGCCGUGCUCCUAGAGGAGUGUCAGCAAUUCCAGGAGGCCGAGAAGAUGCACAUCGAGGUCUGCAAGCAGUUCGAGACGAAAUUUGGGGCCGAGCACGGGGAUGUCACAUCUUCCAAGUUCAACCUCGCAGCGCUGCGGGCCAAGAUGGGCAACCUCGAGGAAAGCGAGACCAUGUACAAGCAGGUGCUCGAGGUGCGCGAGCGCACCCUGGGGCCCCAGCACUCCAAUACGCUGCGAGCCAAGGCAAACCUCGCAGAUGUCAUCCGCCGACAGGGACGUCUGGCCGAUUCUGAGCAGAUGCUUAAGAACCUGGUGGACCAAUGCCACAUCUCCUUUGGCCGCGACGAUCCUCACACUCUGAAGGCUCGAUGUCAGCUGGCGCACAUUUUGGCGCAGCAGGGAGACGAGACGCGCUUCCGCCAGGCCGAAGCGCACUUGCGCGAAGUGGUCGCGCGCCGCGAGCAGAAACUUGGACCCAGCCACCCCGACACACUGACAGCCCUCGGACGAUUGGCUUUUGUCCUGGAGACGAACAACCCACGUGAGGCAGAGCAGCUUAAUGAGCAGAUUUGGCAGCGUCUCGAUGCCUUGGCACCGAUGGACCGGAAGCGCAGUCGCUGCCGCCAGAGUAAGUUCCUGUUGACUUUGGCGGAGGUCGGAGAGCCUGAUCGCGAAGAGGCACUUGUAAGGCAGGUGGUAGAGCGUCGAAGCACUACCCUCGGUGCGACCCACCCAGACACCCUGGCAGCCCGUGCGGAGCUCGCAGCCAUCCUUGGCCGCAAGGAGGGCGAGGCAGCUGCUGCAGAAUCCCUGGCCCUGCGCCGUGAGGUGGCCAAUCUCAGCGAGACCUGCCUGGGACCUGAUCAUGUGGAGACCCUGUCCGCCAAAGCCGCACUCGCCGGGGCCAUUCUCCGAAAUCUGGGGCCGGAUGCCAACGAAGCCGACACCAAGGCCGCUCGCGAAGAGGCAGAGGCUCUGCACUUGAAGGCCACCUCUCGCUUCAAGGUCGCGCAGGCGGAGCAGGGGGGUGGGCUUUAG